AUCAAUCCGCGGAGCGGAAAUCCCAGGCAAUCCCCCAGGCCCCGCCAGAUAUUUUAGCGAAUUUCCGAUCACCGGUAUUCAACGUGGAGAGUGGGAUUCACGUUGUGGAUCCCAGGCAAUUCCCCAGCCCCCGCAGAUAUUUUAGCGACCCUCGCGCUGGUGGCCGUAAACAAGUCUCACCGGCACCUCCUAGGGUUCAACCCGGCCAUUGCCAUCUCCAUGUCCUGCACCACCACCACCAGCAGCUCGACAAACGCCUUCCUCACGGCACAGAGCUUCCCAUCCCCUCAAGCCCUCUCCGAUUGGCUCAGGCCCAGGCUCCCCCACGACCUACCAACAUGGGGAGUCAAGCCUGGCACCAAGAACGUCUCCAACCUCUGGCUUGAGCUGUCCCACGGCGAGACGGUCCUCCAGGACACCAUCCCUCCCAGGCGAACCGUCAAUGUCGCCACCGUCAACAUCCGCAACCUCGCCGGCAACGUCCUGAUCGAAUCCCACCAGGAGCUCAGCGACGGGAGCGUCCGGAGCCGCUGCCGCCCGCUCUCGGAGAAGAUGAAGGCAGGGGAGACGAUCCGAGAGGCUGCCAUCCGGGCCGUUCGAGAGGAAUUGGGCUCUGUCCUUGUCUCCCCAGAUGGGGUUCGGGUGCUUAUGGACUCGUAUUCCAGGAAGAUCGAGGAGAGGGACUCCGGCUCCUACCCGGGGAUGCCUUCUUGCUACAUCUUGCAUUCGGUGGAUGUCAUCAUCAAGGAAAGCUUGCCGGAAGGAGACUUCUCCACGCAGGAGGAGGACGAGUAUGCCGGGAGCGGCGGCGAGGUUGCAAAGGGCGCCGUUGUCGUCAGAAAGCAUUUUUGGAAGUGGGUUCCUCAGCAAGAUGCCUAGCAGGUUCAAGCUAGGUGCAUGGUGCGGAUUUUUCUGCUGGGAAUUUUCUCUUCCUCGUUUCAAAUCGUUGUAUGGAAGUUCCAUGUUUCUCUUUCUGAUUAUUUCCGAAUCACGUAAAUGACAUCCAGAUGAAAAUUUGCGUAGAAUCCUCGAUAACAAUUGUAAUCAUUAUCUAAUCUUCGGUAUUGAUUGUGUUCAUUACUUAAAUGAAGAAAAAUAUUUCCUUCUUCUUUUA